AUGGAGGAUAGCAACAACAAAGGAGAAGUUCAUGUAAAUUUUACUAAGCAGAAGAAGUCUUCAGCAAGAUCAGGUAUCAAUGUGAAAACUACGUUAUCUGGAAGAUCAAGCCCACAACAUUCUCCUUCAUUUCAGCGACCACAUUCUACCUUAACGCCAAGAAGAGAAAGCAAGGGUGUUGUACAGUGCUACGGGAGCAACCGGUUACUGUUGUGGCUGCUUCUGAUAACCCUUUGGGCUUAUCUUGGAUUUUGUGUUCAGUCCAGGUGGGCACAUGUUGAUAAGAAGGAGGAAUUUCCAGACUUUAAAAGCAGGCCAAGUGAUACGACAAACUCAUAUGUUGAACAGAAUCAGCAUCAUGAUUUGAUUGCCAAAAACAUUUCCUUAUCUGUUAAUAUUGAACAAGUUGGGAACAAAACAAUGGAUGUGGUUUUGGCAAAGAAAGAAUAUGGUUUUCUAUCUCAAUUUAAAGCUAGCUCAAGGAAAAGGAGAAGGCGACCAAUGCAUGCUUUGAGAGGUAAGAGGAGGCGUAAACAUAAACUUGAGAGCAGUGGUUUAGAGGAGCUGGACCCAGAGAUUCCCCUUAGGAAUUCUACCUAUGGAUUCCUUGUUGGUCCAUUUGGUUCAAUAGAGGAUAGAAUCUUGGAAUGGAGUCCUCAGAGGCGUUAUGAAACCUGUGACAGGAAAGGGGACUUUGCACGCCUUGUUUGGUCAAGAAGGUUUGUUUUGAUAUUUCAUGAGCUUUCCAUGACUGGAGCUCCACUUUCAAUGAUGGAGUUGGCGACUGAUCUCUUGAGUUGUGAGGCUUCUGUUUAUGCUGUGGUGCUUAGCAGGAAGGGUGGUUUGAUGCAAGAACUUGCUAGGAGACAAAUUAAGGUCCUUGAUGACAAGGCAUAUCUCAGCUUCGAAACUGCAAACAAGGCAGAUCUUGUCAUUGCUGGAUCAGCUGUCUGUGCAUCAUGGAUUGAACAAUACAUUGAACAUUUUCCCGCUGGAGCAAAUAAAGUUGCUUGGUGGAUUAUGGAAAACAGAAGAGAGUAUUUUGAUCGUGCAAAGGAUGUAUUGCACAGGGUGAAGACAUUGGUUUUUCUCUCUGAAUCACAAUCUAAGCAAUGGCAAAAAUGGUGUGAAGAAGAAGGCAGAAAACUGAGAUUACAGCCAGCACUUGUUCCAUUGUCUGUCAAUGAUGAACUAGCUUUUGUGGCAGGCAUUCCCUCUGCACUUAAUGCUCCAUCCUCCAGUGCUGCGAAAAUGGAUGAGAGGAGGAAGUUGUUGAGAGAUUCAGUUCGAAGAGAAAUGGGGUUGACUGAUAAUGAUAUGCUUGUUAUGACUCUGAGUAGCAUCAACAGUGGGAAGGGUCAGCUAUUUCUUCUUGAAUCAGCAAGAUCAAUCGUAGUAGAUGAACCAUUGCAACAUGAUAAUAAGAAAAUACCAAACUCAUCGCAUGAUGGAGAAUACCUCUAUACCUUGGCUAGAAGACAUCAUCUUAGAAAAUUGCUGGAGGAUAGCAGUGUUGUAGCCUUGAACAAUAUCUCAAGUAUAAAUAUUAACAGAAAGGAAGUGCUCUCCCACAACAAUGGAACAACGCCACAAUCUCUCAAAAUUCUCAUUGGUUCGGUGGGAUCUAAGAGCAACAAAGUAGAUUAUGUGAAAGGUCUUCUAAGAUUCUUAGCACAGCAUUCAAACCUGUCAAAGUCAGUUUUGUGGACCUCAGCCACGACACGUGUUGCCUCACUUUACUCUGCUGCAGAUGUUUAUGUCAUAAACUCUCAGGGAUUGGGAGAAACAUUUGGACGGGUGACCAUAGAAGCAAUGGCAUUUGGUCUUCCGGUGCUUGGAACAGAUGCUGGAGGAACGCAAGAAAUUGUUGAGCAUAAUGUGACAGGUCUUCUUCAUCCUAUUGGACGCACAGGGAAUCAUGUCCUUGCACACCAUCUUCUGUUUUUGCUUCAAAACCGGUUUGCAAGAGAAAAAAUGGGGACGGAAGGAAGAAAAAAGGUGCAGAGGAUGUUCUUGAAGCAGCACAUGCAUGAGAAAUUUGUACAGGUUCUAGUAAUGUGCAUGAGAACCAAAUAA